UCUUAGCUGAUUUUUCUUAACCAUUGUAGAUAAUGUUAUUUUAAUACUGUAACAGCACACCAUGGUAUAUGUUAGCAUGAAAUAAUGCUCGUUGUUUUGUGGAGGAUAAGUUUUCUCUACUUGGUAUUGCGUGUGACAGGCGUAACAGGCACUGACUGCACAGUAGACAAUGAUGGUAUUGGGAGAUUCGGACCGGAUUGUGAGCUCCCCUGUUGGUGUAAGGAUAGGGGAGAAUGUGAUCAGACAAGCGGCACGUGCAACGCGGGCUGCGCCCCGGGCAUGUUCGGUUCUAGCUGCUUGUACCGCGAUAUUGCACACGGCAAAACCACAAAACCGAGGCAUUCCGACAAUUUACCAAAAUCACGACAACGCUCUGCCAGUUUGGCUGUGGAUGAUGAUCUUACAACUUGCAGUUCCACAAAAUAUGCACAUAAAUCCAGAACAGAACCACCAUGGUGGCGUAUUUGGUUCCCGUACAGUGUCAAUUUCUCCGUCAUCGAAAUGACCAUCAAGCAAAAUCUGCGACUGUAUUUCGCUAAUUUUACUGUUUCUGUUGCGACCAUUUCGAAACAAAAAAGCACCAAGAAAUUGUGGCCGUCUGAAGAGCACCGUUGUUACCAGGGUGAUGGUUUUGUUCUCGCUAAGGAUAGCGAAUACACCACCAUCAAGUUCUUUUGUAGACCUUCGUCAUUGGGAAACACCAUAAGAAUCACACUUGCUUCAAACCGGUCUCGAUUGGAACUUUGUGAUGUAAAUAUCAACCAAGUUUGUGGAUAUCGCCGCUGGGGUGAUGCUUGUGAGAAGGAAUGUUACUGUGGAGGUGAAGCCCCCUGUGACAAGUAUACCGGUGGUUGUCCUGGAACAUCCUGUGAUAACAGCAUGCGCGGCAAACAAUGCUCCAUCCCCUGUAACAAACAAUGCUCUAAUGGCUGUAACAAGGGCGACGGGAAGUGCAGUUCGUGUGCACCUGGGUAUCAUGGGGACUUUUGUAACGAAACUUGUGUUAACAACACAUUCGGUCCUAACUGUUCCAACAAAUGCAAUGAACAUUGCACCGGUCUAUGUGACAAUGUGAUGGGGACCUGUAACGAGUGUUCUCCAGGAUAUAAAGGGCAGUUCUGCAAUGAAACUUGCCGCAGCGGAACCUUUGGCCGGAAUUGUUCCCGAAACUGUCGCGAUACGUGCUCUGGAUCUUGUGAUAAUGAGGACGGAGCUUGUUGGUCAUGUCAACCAGGAUAUCAGGGGAAGUUCUGCAACACACCCUGUGACAAUAACACGUACGGCCAGAACUGUGACAAGCAAUGUAGCGAUCAUUGUGUUGGACCUUGUAACACUAUUGACGGAACCUGCACUACAUGUGAAGCUGGAUUUGAGGGGCGAUUAUGCAACAAAUCCUGCGCAAAGACUAAGUGGGGAAUGAACUGUAACAAAACCUGUGGCCAGUGUGCUACUGAAGAAUGCAACUCUUACAACGGCUUCUGUAAAACGGGAUGUCUGCCUGGUUACCAGCUAAACACUUGUCAAGAACCUUGUGACAAUCGCUCAUUUGGUGUGAACUGCAGUGGCAGAUGUAAUUCAAAUUGCAAAGGUCCCUGUAACAAGACUACUGGCCUGUGUCUGGACUGUAAAAGCGGAUGGAACGGAUCUAAAUGUGACAAAGAGUGUCCAGGCGGUUACUACGGUUCACGCUGCAUACAUGGUUGUGGAUACUGUUUGAAUAGUCCCUGUGACAGAGUGUCAGGCAACUGUUCGGAAGGCUGCAAACCUGGAUAUCAACAUACUCCAAAAUGUUUUGAAAAGUGUCCAAUUGGAACAUUUGGUUUGAAAUGCUUAAGAAAUUGCAGUGUGCAUUGUGAUCGUACAUGUGACCGUGUGAGAGGCCAUUGCUCAUGUCAAACGGGAUACCAAUUGCCGAAGUGUAUUAAUGAAUGUGAGCUUGGAACAUGGGGGAAAAACUGCGGUCAAACGUGUGGAGGUUGCCAUGCUGAAAACUGUAGCAAGACCGAUGGCCACUGCCUUAGUGGAUGUAAAUAUGGUUAUAAAAUAUCACCGGACUGCAUGGAAAAAUGUGACGACGGCAAAUAUGGUUACAACUGCUCUGAAACAUGUAGCAGAAACUGUGAAGAUCCAACGUCCUGUAACACAACCACCGGCUUUUGUGGCUCUUGCAAGCGGGGUUGGCAAGGCACAAUGUGUAGUGAAAGAUGUCCUGACCAAAGGUAUGGCCGGAAUUGCCAGGAAAAGUGUGGGCACUGUGAGGGAGCGACAUGUAAUAUAAUGGAUGGUCAUUGUAUUUCAUGUAUACCUGGCUACAUAAAUGAUGGACGAUGCAAAACUGGAUGUGAGGCUGGUAGUCACGGUGUGGACUGUCAGGAGCGGUGUGGAAUGUGCGCCGGAAACAAAUCCUGUCACCCGGAGAACGGGACCUGUCCACUUGGCUGCAAGACGGGGUUCUCUGGAGAUGGAUGUACACAGAAUCUGAAAGGGCCGUCACAGCCUUUUACAGUGGCAAUUGCUGGAGCUCUUGGAGGUGGAGUUUUGAUCAUCACCAUUAUUGCGGUAACAGUCGUUAUUCUGUUGAUGAAGAGGCAUGAAGCUGAAAAACACCAGAAGAAACAGCCAGCAAAUAAGAUACAUAAGUCUGCAGAUAUCCGUCAUCCUGGAACAAGUAAGGCCCAGACAAAACCAUCUGAUGAUCUUGAAGAGUCAGGGAAUAAACAACGUAAAGUUUAUUUUCAAGAUCAGCCCCUUCCUGUGGCACCCCCGGACGAUCCAGUAGUUGUACUUGAGCCCACCUACGGAAACAUGAAUGGUGAAGAGGGGCAGUCACCACGUAACCCCGUGAUCUUGUCUCAGCUGCUCAGCUAUAUAGUCACAAAGUCUGCCGACCAGACAUAUUUUAGCACUGAAUAUACGAAAAUUCCAACUGGCAUGAUUCACCCAGCCACCGCUGCCAGAGACCCGGAAAAUGCCGGCAAGAGUAGAUACAAGAACCUGUAUGCUUACGAUCACUCAAGGGUACACCUGAAGAAACAGCAAGGAGGAACGGACUAUAUCAACGCUUGUUUCAUUCAGGGUUAUUCCGGAAGGCCAGAGUUCAUUGCUUCACAAGGUCCUAUGGAAGCUAUGAUUGAAGACUUUGUUCGGAUGAUCUGGGAAAAUAGCGUCAUUACAGUCGUCAUGGUUACCAACCCCGUCGAGCUGGGAAAAAUCAAAUGCCUGCCGUAUUGGGGGGAGAUGAAUGAGGAAAAGGAGAUUGGUAUGUUUGUGGUGGAGCUUACGGCAGGGAAGGAAAAUAGCGACUUUGCUGUCAGGGAUCUAACAGUGUUCGAGAAGACUAACCCGGACGUAGCACGGAGUGUCCGCCAGUUCCACUACACAGCGUGGCCGGACAAAGAUGUGCCGGAUAGCCCCGCCAGCCUGCUCAUGUUCUGGCACACUGUCCGCGCGUACGACCCCCAACGUGUAGCGCCAUGGCUUGUGCAUUGCAGCGCUGGUGUUGGACGAACUGGAACAUUCAUUGCGAUGGACAUUCUACACAGCCAGGGUAACAAGACUGGCGUCAUUGACGUAUUCCAGUGUGUGCACACUCUGAGGGAUCAGCGCGUCAAUAUGGUCCAAACACUCAGUCAGUACAAAUUCCUACACGAGGUAAUGUACGAGGCCCUUGUACUGUCUUCUUGGCCAGUCCCGGUUGAUGAAUUUCCCAAUGAACACCAGCGCCUCGUCAAGGUCGACCCCGUCCUCAACAAGACAAACAUUCUACUAGAAUAUGAGAAUGAAAAGGCCUACCAGACGAUGGUGUUUUCAAAAAUUCGCCUGGAUUCGUAUGGUCAAGAGAUGGACGUCUUUUCUAUUGCGAGUUUGCCGGAGAACGUCAGCAAAAACAGAUCACAGUCCGUACUUGCUCAAAAUAUGUACAGACCUAUCCUUCGCACGCCAGUAAGCGGACGCAACGACUAUAUUAAUGCUGUUUACAUUCCGACGCUGUUUGAACGAUACGCAUUUGUGGUGAGUCAGACACCCCUAGAGGAGACGCUAGUGGACCUUUGUCGCCUUAUACACGACCUCGACAUCCGCAUCGUGGUCUCAUUCCCGGACGAAGGGAGAGAACAGGUUGGUAAACUUCCAACCAGCGGGUCAAGCACAAUCGGACCUUUCACAGUUCGUUUUGAGAAGGAGAAAACAUCGGACAGCAUAAUACACAGAAAAUACUCACUGACAAACAAAACUGGGGGUAAGAAAGAGUUCUGCCAGCUGGUGUACAGGAAAUGGACGAUGCGACAGGUGGUUCCGUCGGAUCGGAAGUCAUUUGUGAUGCUUCUACAUGAAGUUGAGACACUUCGAAAGGCGAAUCGAAAAAGUCCAGUCCUUAUAACCUGCUUUACGGGCUUCGAGCGAAGCGGCCUGGUGGCGGUGUUGUUUGCCGUUCUUGCUAUACUGACCUGGACAGGUGCCGUAUCUGUCCCCCUCGUUAUACGACACUUACGGACACGCAGGCAACAACUCGUACCAAAUUUCGAGCAGUUUCAGUUCUGCCACGAUGUGGCCCUGGACCACGCCAAUGCAAGAGAAACCUGCGACAAUGUCUGACUGUGAGAUAUAUUCCAUGGAGCUAGUGCUUCAGUGACGGAUUAUGUAUUAAACCUAAUAAACCCUAUUAAACAAAAUUUGCCGGUCGUUCUUGACCGGCCUUUUCUAGUGUUUCUAGAAAGAUAGAACGUACAUAACGAUCUUCGUUUGUAAAAUUUUGGUUAUGCAUGCUUAACAGUUUAAUAAACAGUUGUUAGCUGCUUGAGCUAUUAUUAUUAUUAGAAGACUAGACAUACUGCUUGAAAUGAGACUGACUGAGGGUAUUAUUUUCUCCCCAAAUUCAACCUUUGGAGUAUCGAAUGUUCUCUGAUAACUUGAAUACCACAUACCAAAUAGCGGAGUAUCAGCAUCCAGUCUCCUACGAAAUUAUCUUCCUUGACAUGAAGAAUAAAUCUGUCUACCCUUGAUCUAUAUUAUUAUUAGAGUUUUAUUUUCCUUUUCAUGGAUUUUGUUUAUAUCAUUUCAAUUGUUCAAGGUGAAUGGAGGUAAAAAUCAACAAAAAAUCAAAGAUUACUUAUAAUAAGUGGAACGCGAUAUCUAUAAAUGGUCACGUGAUUUGCAUUUGGGCAGUAUUUACUGUACCGUAUUUUAUUGUUUAUGCUAUUGUAGCAUUAUAUUUUAUUCCCUUAUUUGUAUUUGUACAUGAUAUUGUGGAAUUAUGGGAUUUUUCUCCUUUUAUUUAUAUUUGUAUAUAAUCAGUAGCAGUAGCAGUAUGCUUUACUCCAUUCAUCUGUAGUUGUAUGUUUUAUUACUUUUUUACUCUUGCUGUUUUCUUUUUUUUAAAUAUAUGGUACAGAAUAAUUAUAUUGUUUGUUUAAGCCUGCUGUAUAUUAAAACACUACCUUCACAUCAGCACUUCCA